AUGGACACGCUCGCCGAGUUCCUCAGGAAACAGAAGUUUAUCUUCCUACGCGAUGUCGCCGCACACAACCACAGCCGCUGGUCCGUUGUGACAGGCAACGAAGCGGGCGACCUCGAUAGUCAAGUGAGCGCGAUCGCCUAUGCCUACCUGACCACUACCCUCCUACACACUCCGACUGUCGCCCUCUCCCGCACUCCGAGAACAGACUUCCGCCUCCGGCCGGAAAACAUCCUCGCCCUCUCCUACGCCUCGAUCACACCCGACGACCUGGUAUGCAUCGACGACCUCCCCCACCCAUUGCCGGGGUUCUCACGGAUCGCCUUGGUGGACCAUAAUCGCCUUGGCCCGGAAUUCGCUGCUACCGAAGCUCGGGGACGCGUAACAGGCGUGAUAGACCAUCAUGAAGACGAGAAACUGUAUCUUGGGGUCUCGCCGCGGCUUAUCUUGCCCCCGGAAAGAGCUGCGAGCUGCAGCUCACUGGUUACGUCGAACUUCCGGCUAACGUGGGACCAGAAUCCUGCCGACGUACCGAAAGAACUCGCCUUCCUCCUCUUGUGCACUGUCUUGAUCGAUACGGGCGGACUGAAGCCGAGCGGGAAGGCACAGCCAAUCGAUUUCCGAGCUAUGGAGUACCUGCUCCCAAAGGCAGGGCUCCUUCCCUCCACAGAAGUGAACACCGCUGCACUGGAAGCGGGUACGUUACCGGACCGGGUCGAGGAGCUGUCCCAGGAACUCCUGGUCACGAAGUUCGACGUGCACGACCUGUCGACGCACGAUCUGCUUAGGAGGGACUAUAAACAGUACGAGUACUCGACUGCGGAGGAUGAAGGCGGCUACGCGGUCCAUGUGGGACUCGCGACCGUUCCUGUCAGCUUGAACGUCCUUUCCCAGAAGCCGCCUGGGAUAUGGGCAGCAGGAGAGGAGUAUAUGCGUGAACGAGAGCUAGACGUGCUCGGGAUGCUCCUCACGUACAGGACGGAGAAGAAGGGGAAACACAGGCGGAAGCUCGUUUUCCUCGUCCGGCCGGGAGGGGAUAGCGUAUUGCUCGACAUGCUAGCCAGCGCGUUGGAGGAAGAGGAGGAGCUGGAGUUGAAGAGAGAGCUGGAGUGGGAGGGGGAUCUGAGAGCCCCUCCAGGAAGAGCGAGGAUCUGGGAUCAGGGAAAUGUGAAGGCUACGAGGAAACAGGUGGCGCCGGUCGUGGGCAGGGCGUGUAAGAUGUAUCUGGGGUUGGAGUGAUUACGGUGUUGGAUUUGUGUACUUUGUACGUGUUAAAGACAAU